AUGCUCGGCAGAAGACCUAAAAAAAGCCCUCAGGCAAAGGGGCAGGGAGCUGCAGUUGCAAAGCAGCUGGGGCUGUUUGUAGACUUCAACCCUGAAGAGAUGCUGUUGGGUGCAGAGGAAGGUGGCGAUGAUGGGGACCUAGAAGCAGAGCUUGCUGCUAUCACAGGAGUAAAAGUGAAAGAAGGGAAAUCAAAACCAAAAGGGAAAACUCCUCUGCCCAUGGAUCAUAUUGAAAAGAUGGCUGCAGAGUGUAUGAAGGAUCUGAAUGAAGAUGAGGAAGAAGAAACAGAUGAUGAAGACUUGGAGAAAGAUACAGACCUGUUGGCAGAACUGCAAGAAGUUCUGGGGGAGGAAGAUGAGACAGGAGGCUGUGAGGAUGAAACAACAGCAAUGGAGCCAUCCGCAGCUGAACCAGAAAAUGGGCAACCUGUACUCCAACCACAGACCACCUCACUUCCUGCUGUUACCAGUGAGCUGCAACAGACAAUAGAGAAGAGAAUAGCUAACUAUAAGGCAGCAAUAUCUAACGCAAAGGAGUCGGGUGAGAGUGCCAGAAUACGCCGGUACGAAAGAGGCCUUAAGACACUGGAAACCAUGCUGACUGCAGUAAAGAAAGGCAAAAAAAUCAAUGAGGAAGAAAUGCCACCUCCUGUUGCAACAGGAAAGAGUUCUUCUCAUUUAUCUCAAGCCACAGGAGUGGAGGUAGAGAAUUUGGAAGAUUCAGUCAGUGUCCCACCAGAGAAUAAAGCUGACUCUGCUGCAGAUGAUGAGCAGAAGACCUCUCACGAGACAGCGCAGCACCUGGAAUCAGAGUCUCUACAGGGUCAUGCUGCUUCUAGUCCUACCGUGGAAACAGAUCUCCAGAACAGCAGCACACGAGCAAUACUACUUAAGAGGCAGAAGGAGUAUAAAUUAGCAGCUCUAAAAGCCAAGCAGCAAGGGGACUUGGAAAAAGCAAAGGAAUACAUGAGGGCAGGCAAGAAAUUUAAUGUGGUCUUGGAAGCUUUGGACAGUGGGCAGCCAAUAGACCUCCAGAACAUGCCUCCAUCUCCUCAGGAUCUUGAAAGCUUAGGAAACGUACAAGAUGCAUCCAAGCAAAAGAUACCAGUGGGAAGUUUCCAGGAUCUUAUAACACUUGAACCUCAGACCCAAGAAGCUUCAGCUUCCCUCCAGCAGCCAAAAACAGUGCUGGAAGCAUUGCAGCAAAGGCUUGAGAAGUACAAGUCGGCAGCAGCACAGGCUAAAGCAAGCGGGGAUGAUCGGAAAGGCAGGAUGCAUGAGAGGAUAGCCAAGCAAUACCAGGAUGCCAUAAGAGCCCAUAAAGCAGGGAGAAAAGUGAAUUUUUCUGAGCUACCUGUUCCCCCUGGAUUUCCUCCUCUUCCUGGUGUUGCAGCAAUGGAUGGUGACAAGACAAUAACUGCAGUUCUGGAAAAUGCCAGCAGGCUGGCAAACAUGGAGGAGAACGAUGAAGAAGAUGAGAGUGAACCUCUGACACAGGCCCCAGUUGCCAAGAAGCCUGCUCAGCUGCCUGGAAAGCUGACUCAAGUUGUUAAGCCAAUUCCAGUGCCAUCUGCUGUAGCUCAAGAGAGCUCUCCUGAGCAUGUGAAACCAGCUACAUCACCCUCCACCCUGGACAAGACAGAGUCAAUGGAUCAUCUCCCUCCAGCUGCUAGGGAACAGCUGGAAUUUCUGGAGAACAGAAAGAAGCAAUACGUGAAGGCAGCCAUCAAAGCAAAGAAGGAGAAUAACCUUGAACAGGCUAAGAUGUAUCUCAGAACAGCUAAGAGCUUUGACCUAAAGAUUGAGCAAGCAAAACGUGGCAAGCCUGUUGAUAUUUCCAAGCUGCCAUCACCCCCUACAGAUGAUGAGGGUGACUUUAUCUUCAUACACCAUGACGAUGUCAGACUAUCCCAGAAAGCAGAUGAAGUAUAUGCACAGCUUAUAAAAUUGCUGAAAGACCAGCAUGAGAGGUGUUUGCAGUACUCCAAGCAAUUCAUGCAUCUGGGAAAUGUAGCAGAAACGACUCGGUUUGAGAAGCUGGCACAAGGUUGUAAAAAGGACAUGGACAUCCUCCAGCUUGCACGAGCACAAGGAAUGGAUCCUCCAAGCCAUCACUUUGAGGAAAGAACCUUUAAAAUGAUAAGGAUAUUUUCUGAGCUCAACAGCACAGAAAUGCAUCUUCUUAUUGUCAGGGGGAUAAACCUACCGGCUCCACCAGGUGUAUCACCAAGAGAUUUGGAUGCAUUUGUGAAGUUUGAAUUUCAGUACCCAAGUGCGGAGCAACCUCAAAAGAGUAAAACACCUGUAAUUAACAAUACCAAUUCUCCAGAGUAUAACCAGCUGUUCAAGUUGAACAUCAACCGAAAUCACAGAGGUUUCCGACGAGCGAUUCGGUCCAAAGGAAUUAAAUUUGAAAUAUUUCAUAAAGGGUCCUUUUUCAGAAGUGACAAGCACGUGGGGACAGCACACUUGAAACUGGACAAGCUGGAAUCAGAAUGUGAAGUUAGAGGGAUCAUCGAGAUUUUUGAUGGCAGAAAGCCCACUGGAGGGAAACUGGAGGUAAUAGCGAGACUCAGGGAGCCCCUCAGUGGUCAAGAUCUUCAAACAGUUACAGAAAAUUGGCUGGUCCUUGAACAUUAG